AUAUUGUGUAUACUAUGAGUGUUAUUGAUUUAAUAUUACUGAUCAACAUUAUUGACUGCGUAUGAUUUCUGUAAAUAAUUCAUUCAUCAUAAUUACUGAUAAUAUUUCUAUCGUAGAGCGAUGCUCGAGAAUCAAAAAAUCCGUAUCAUCAUGUCAAUAUUUUACAUGCAUUCACCAAUCUUAAUCACACAUAAUUAAUAAUACUGACAAUAUUUGUCGGUAGUGACAGCAUUAUUGAUCGUGUACGGUCCCUAUAACACAAUAACUUAUUCUAGAAGUGGCACGUGUCGUUUUUCAGAAUUACAACCCACACGCAUCGUAAUCGGACACCUGCCACAGCAACCAAUGUUUUCCCAUUUACUUAUGGCGGAAUCAAUUGCAUCCCGCUUAUACCGAUUCGACGUACGCCAGUCUUUCGUAGACGGUGCCGGAUAACAGCGCAUAAAAAAAUCAAUCAGUAAUAUGUAAUCGCAAAAAUCGCAAUUGUGCUACGCGUGUGAACAGAAGAAGCGUGUUUUUAUUUUCCGUUUCCUGAAUUCGAAGAGAGAUGUUAGAAACGCGCUCCGCGAUUUACAAGAUGAUGAAGGAAGAAGCCCACAAUGAGAGACAGAUAACCGAUUGGCCGCCACCGUUCUCGUCCGAGACCACGCCGUACAGCGAGAACGAUUUCGGCAGCUUAAUCAGGCGGACCUGCGACAGCAAGAGCUUGACUCUUCGAAUCUGCAAGGUUAUCGUCAUCGGCGACGUCGCCGUCGGCAAGACAUCAUUAGUAAACCGUUUUUGCCACAAGCACUUCGACAACAACUACAAGGCCACCAUCGGCGUGGACUUCGAGGUGGAGAGAUUCGACAUCCUCGGCGUGCCUUUCCACUUACAAAUAUGGGAUACCGCGGGCCAGGAAAGGUUCAAGUGCAUCGCGGCGUCCUAUUAUCGCGGCGCUAAUGUAAUCAUGGUCGUUUUCGACCUGGGGAACCUGAUGUCGCUGAUGCACUGCCAGCAAUGGUUGAACGAGGCGAGCCGCAGCAACGUCGGUCCUCAUCAUAUCUUUCUGGUCGGAGCUAAGAAGGACCUUUUAUCUCAUCCAGUAUAUGAGAUAAUUGAGAAACGGGCGAUUGAGGCAGCGAGGAAGAUGCGGGCGGAAUAUUGGGCGGUCUCGUCGAGAACAGGUAACGGAGUGUCCGAACUGUUCACGCGAGUCGCUGCGCUCUCCUUUCACGCGAUGGCCCUGCGAGAGAUGCAGAGCCUGAAACUGGAGCCGAUCAACAUCGGCUCGGCAAUGAUAACGUUAAAAAAACAGUCAAAGGAAGCCGAGAUGAAGCGGCAGAGAGCGCCGAAGUGCUCCAGAUGUUCGACGUGACAAUGUAAAUAUGUAAAGAAUGGAUGAUAAAAUACAGAAAAUAUGUAAAAACGGUCAAUUAAACAGAAAAUAUACGCUUACUAUACUAACAAUGGAGAGGACACGUGCGUAGGAUCCAGAUAUUAAAUAAAAAAUCAAAUCACAAUUUCAAGAACGCGAUUUCUCCGCUUAAGGAUGUACGUGUUAUGUCACAAAGUGAUUACCACACUCUGAAAAAUUGUCAAAAAAUUUAAAUAUUUAAUCCACAUUCAACUAAAUAUUGAAUUGCUUUAGUUAAUGUUUGAUUAAAAAAUUUUUACAUAAAUGACCUACACCUUUUUUUCGUACAACUGAAUAAUUGUUGAAUCAAUCCAUUGUUGAACAUAUCGGGCUAAAUAUUUUAGUUUUUCAACAAUUCUUUUCCUAAACGCAAAUAUUUUAAGUUUUUGAUACAUUCUUUUUUUUUACUACGUUUGAGUAUCUGUGUAAAAUUUGAUUCUCUUAUUAAAGUUCUUAAAAGUUAUUUAAUUUUUUAUUUUCUCUUGAUUUUUAAAUAAACUCGCUUGCAAAUUUCAGGGAGCUGCAUUAUAAAACAAAUCAAAUUUUUUAUGUAUACUAAUAAAAC